AUGCUACCUUAUGUCUAUGGUACAUGGUGGUCACCGGCAGGUUCACGCCAAAUCAAUUUUCUGCGCAGCUCAGAAACGAAGCUUUCCAUUGUGGCCAUGGUUGACCAACAGUGGCCUGAUGUGUGGCAUGUCGUGCCCCAAGAAGCCAGUAGCGGUCCAGAGUUCUGCAGUGCUCACUUUGGUAUAGCUACCGCUGAGAGAAGAUGUCUGGCGCCGACACCUCCGCCUGCACUUGCGCAUGGAACGCUUGGAUGCGCCAAGCAAGAGGCUGAGGUUCCAGCUCACCGAAACAUCUCGCGGAGGCAUCGGGCGAAUCACCUCUGCACCCGACAAUAUGCGCGUCGUGCUUGUGGCACGGCGGCGAGCGCACUGAGAAAGAAGUUUACCCGAAAGCUGCCGACUGUGACUCAGUGCUUUGGUCCACGCAACCUUGCGAAGUCAGCGAACUGA